UUCGAACCGGCCAGGCAGUUACGCUUCUGCAAUUCACGUUACGUCUUGCUUUCACACAGCUAAUUUUGCACUGAAUUUUCAUUUCUAAUUAGAAGAUUCUUAAAGAGAAAUCAACAUUAUCAGUUAAUAAUUCUCUAAUCCUUCUGCGAAAAUGAUGGGGGAGGAUCUCGGAGUCGAAGCCAAAGAAGCCUCCGUGCGCGAGGUUGCCAAGCUCUUGCCGCUCCCUGAGCUCUUGCAGUCAAUUUCCUCCAUCAAGGCCGAUUACAUUACCCGCCAACAGGCAAAUGAUGCGCAACUCAGUACAAUGGUGGCGGAGCAGGUUGAGCUAGCUCAAAGUGGAUUGAAAGCCCUUGCCUCAUCACAGAAGAUAAUAAAUCAGCUUCGUGAGAACUUUAUUUCCAUUGAAAAGUACUGCCUAGAAUGUCAAAACUUAAUUGAAAAUCAUGAUCAGAUAAAGCUUCUUAGCAAUGCAAGGAAUAACCUAAAUAGAACAUUAAAGGAUGUUGAGGGUAUGAUGUCUAUAUCUGUUGAAGCAGCCGAGGCACGAAAUUCUUUGAGUGAUGAUAAAGAGAUUGUUAAUACUUAUGAGAGGCUAAAGGCACUUGAUGGGAAGCGAAGGUUUGCACUAGCAGCUGCAGCAUCUCAUGAAGAAGAGGUUGGCAGAUUAAGAGAAUAUUUUGAAGAUGUAGAUCGAACUUGGGAGAACUUUGAGAAGACACUAUGGGGUCAUAUUGACAACUUUUACAAACUUGCAAAAGACAGCCCACAAACCCUUGUUCGCGCUUUAAGGGUGGUUGAAAUGCAAGAGAUUUUUGAUCAACAAGUUGCUGAGGAAGCCGCCGAGGCUGAGGGCGAAGCUGCAAUGGCAGUAAUUUCAAAUCCUCGAAGAUCUGCCAAAAAAUCUACUUCUUCAGCGCCUUCUUCCAAAAACCUGGCACAACAGAAGUUAAAGGUUCAAGGAAAGGGAUAUAAGGAUAAGUGCUAUGAUCAAAUUAGGAUGUCAGUUGAAGGACGGUUCAGUAGGCUACUAACAGAGUUUGUCUUUGAAGACCUCAAAGCUGCCUUAGCAGAAGCGCGUGCGAUUGGGGAAGAGCUUGGAGGUAUUUAUGACUUUGUGGCUCCAUGUUUUCCUCCAAGAUAUGAAAUAUUCCAACUGUUGGUAAAUCUUUAUACUGAGAGGUUCAUUCAGAUGCUCAGAUUGCUUAGUGACAGGGCAAACAAUAUAUCAAAUAUAGAGAUUUUAAAGGUAACUGGUUGGGUAGUUGAAUACCAAGAUAAUAUGAUUGGGCUUGGAGUUGAUGAAUCUUUGGCUCAAGUCUGUUCAGAGAGUGGGGCUAUGGAUCCCCUCAUGGACUCAUAUGUUGAGAGAAUGCAAGCAACAACAAGGAAAUGGUACUUGAAUAUCCUGGAAGCUGAUAAGGUACAGCCACCAAAGACAACGGAGGAUGGAAAACUCUAUACUCCAGCUGCUGUUGAUCUUUUCAGGAUUCUAGGGGAGCAAGUUCAAAUUGUUAGAGACAAUAGCACUGAUGUCAUGCUAUACAGGAUUUCUUUGUCAAUUAUUCAGGUGCUCAUAGAUUUUCAAGCAGCUGAAAGGAAGGGAUUUGAGGAACCUGCCUCUGAUAUUGGUCUGGAACCUUUAUGUGCAAUGAUAAACAACAAUCUGCGCUGUUAUGACCUUGCAAUGGAGCUAAGCAACAGCAUCGUUGAAGCACUUCCUCAGAACUAUGCUGAACAGAUUAAUUUUGAAGAUACUUGCAAAGGUUUCCUAGAGGUUGCAAAGGAAGCUGUACAUCUAACUGUAAAGGUUAUCUUUGAAGAUCCUGGAGUGCUGGAGUUGCUUGCAAAAAUUUAUCAGAAAGAAUGGAGUGAAGGACAAAUCACAGAGUUCCUAGUUGCCACAUUUGGUGACUACUUUACAGAUGUGAAGAUGUAUAUUGAAGAAAGAUCGUUCAGGAGAUUUGUUGAAGCUUGCCUGGAGGAGACAGUUGUGGUUUACGUUGAUCAUCUUCUGAUGCAGAAAAACCACAUCAAGGAGGAAACUAUAGAACGGAUGAGGCUAGACGAAGAGGUUAUCGUGGAUUUUUUCAGGGAGUACAUAAGCGUUUCUAAAGUGGAAAAUAGAAUGAGGACAAUGAGUGAUUUAAGAGAACUUGCUUCAGCAGAGAGCUUGGAUACCUUCACACUCAUCUAUACAAAUCUUCUUGUACAUCAACCUGACUGUCCGCCUGAAGUGGUUGAGAAGCUUGUGGGACUGCGAGAAGGCAUACCAAAAAAGGACGCAAAAGAGGUCAUACAAGAGUGCAAAGAAAUAUAUGAGAAUUCACUUGUGGAUGGAAACCCUCCAAUGAGAGGUACUGUUUUCCCAAAGGUGAAGUACUUACAAACUUCCAAAGCAUCUAUCUGGCGAAAUUUUGGUUAGUUCAACUGCCAACGCGCCGCCAUUACUCUGUGAGGAUCACAACUGCUUUUAUAUUUUUUACGCUUUUUCUUUCCAAGUCAUAAGAAGUUGCUUUUUUUUAAUUGUCAAAAUCAAUUAUUCUUGUUUUCUAUAUUACAUUUCUUAAUAAGCCAUGUGCAUAUUAAUAUUUGUAUAUGCAUUUCUGGUUAAUUAAUUCAAUUUUCAUUGAGAGAAAUUUUGUUGA